AUGUCAGGACAAGAUGUUGUGACGCACCCCGUGUGGAGGGUUUACUUCCCCGGCACACCCAGAGAUCACGUUGCGAUUUUCAUUCAGACUGAAACGGCCAUGAUCGGAACUCUAAUUCAAGUUAGGGGUGCCAUUGAACGGCCAUCAGGUAUGAGGCAUGGAAAGUUGGACAACUACAACUUGAGUGAGUCUCGGUCGAUCCGUCGUAAGGAACGCCUUGGAAACACUAAGGAAGACUUUGGUCCCAACGGCCCACUGCCAGGUGAGAAAAGACGUUGCAACGAGUGGCAGGCUGACUAUGAGAAGAAGCUUUCCCAGGAGGGCCUGGUGGUGGAUAUUCAAAAGAAUGUUCAACCUCUGGUUGCCAAAUACACGGAAUGGUAUUGA